GGGACAGCUGAGUACCUCACAGAGGAGCCUGGGUGCCUCAUUUCUGAAGUGAGACUAGGAAGAGAAGAUGAACAGUUCCCUGGAUUAUCUAGCCUACCCUGUAAUUGUCUCUAAUCACAGGCAGAGCACAACCUUCAGGAAGAAACUCGACUUUGGCCACUACAUAUUUCACAAAAAUCGAAUACAAAUAGUGAAGCCUACUGUUGAUACCAAACCUCCAGUGGCACACACACAUCACAUCUUAAAAUUGAGCAAACUACAGAGUGAACAAAAGAGAAUCGACAAAAUCGAAUAUGAAAACAAGCAACUGUGUCAGAAAAUCGCAAAUGCUCAUCGCGGCCCGGCCAAGGUGGAUUGCUGGAACGAAUAUUUUUCUAAGAGUUUAAACAGAGAAACAAGGAACCGGGAGCUAGUGAGAAUCACCGUGGAAAACCAGGGCAUUCUGAAGAGGCUUGAUGAUCGCAAACCCCACUAUGACCGCAAGUCAUCCGAGACAGACUGGCAGAAUUCAAGGCGCUAUAUCAGAAAUACAACAAAAUAUCUUCUCUCCCAAGAUAAAUAGGUAUGUCUUAACACG